GAAGCGGAAGUCUCCCUGAGACGGAAGUCGAAACUGCGACUCCCCCCCCCCCAAUUAUCUUAUACUUUUACUGGUUCGCUUCAUUUUGACUGCGCAACUCCGGGACCCCAGGAGCGGAGGGGCUGCAGGUGUCCAUAUGAACGAACACAGUUCUAGUCUUCCAACAACACUUUAAACUACUUACAUCAAUUUGCAGCAGCAGACAUGAGUGGCUCCAAACCUGAUAUUCUGUGGGCCCCACACCAUGUUGAUAGAUUUGUUGUCUGUGACUCAGAGCUCAGCCUCUACCACAUUGAAUCUGCUGUCAGUUCUGAACUCAAAGCAGGAUCACUGCGUUUAUCUGAAGAAACUACAGCUACCCUUUUGUCCAUUAAUUCAGACACUCCGUAUCUGAAAUGUGUGGCUUGGUAUCCUAAAUAUGAUCCUGAAUGUCUCCUGGCCGUUGGGCAGGCCAAUGGCCGAGUUGUCCUUACCAGCCUUGGCCAAGAUCAUAACUCAAAAUCCAAGGAUCUGAUAGGAAAGGAAUUUGUUCCAAAGCAUGCUCGGCAGUGCAACACACUGGCAUGGAAUCCAUUGGACAGCAAUUGGCUUGCUGCAGGCCUAGAUAAACAUCGGGCUGAUUUUUCAGUGCUGAUCUGGGACAUAAGUAGUAAAUACACUCCAGAAACUCCAGUUGCUGCUGAGAAAGUAAGGCUUUCAUCUGGAGACACUGAAGCAGGACUUGUUGUGACAAAACCACUUUAUGAAUUAGGCCAGAACGAUGCUUGCCUUUCUCUCUGUUGGCUUCCACGGGAUCAGAAACUUCUUCUAGCUGGAAUGCACCGAAACCUGGCUAUCUUUGACCUUAGGAAUACAAGCCAAAAGAUGUUUGUGAAUACAAAGGCUGUUCAGGGCGUAACGGUUGACCCCUACUUCCAUGAUCGUGUGGCUUCCUUCUAUGAAGGUCAGGUUGCUAUAUGGGACCUUAGGAAAUUUGAAAAGCCUGUAUUGACCCUGACUGAACAACCAAAACCUCUAACUAAAGUAGCAUGGUGUCCGACGAGAACUGGAUUGCUAGCUACUUUGACUAGGGAUAGUAACAUAAUCAAGCUCUACGAUAUGCAGCACACUCCUACACCUAUUGGGGAUGAAACUGAGCCUACAAUCAUUGAAAGAAGUGUGCAGCCCUGUGAACACUAUAUUGCUUCCUUUGCAUGGCAUCCCACUAAUCAAAAUCGAAUGGUGGUUGUGACUCCAAACAGGACUAUGUCUGACUUCACUGUGUUUGAAAGGAUCUCUCUGGCAUGGAGCCCCAUUACCUCUUUAAUGUGGGCAUGUGGGAGGCACUUGUAUGAGUGCACAGAAGAUGGGAAGGCUAGUUCUUUGGAAAAAGACAUAGCCACUAAAAUGCGUCUUAGAGCAUUAUCCAGGUAUGGCCUUGACACGGAACAGGUCUGGAGAAAUCACGUGCUAGCGGGAAACGAAGACCCACAACUGAAGUCACUUUGGUACACUCUGCACUUUAUGAAGCAGUAUACUGAGGAUAUGGAUCAGAAAUGCACAGGAAACAAAGGAUCUUUAGUUUAUGCAGGCAUCAAAUCUAUCGUGAAAUCCUCUAUGGGAACAACAGAGAACCUCCGGCACAGCAGGAGUGGAUCAGACAGACAGGCUGACAUUAUUCAAUAUCUGAGUGAGGAGAGGUCACUGGCUUUGCAGCUUUGUGGAUGGAUAAAGAAGGGCACAGAUCUGGAUGUGGAGCCCUUUUUAUACUCUUUGGAACAGGAAGGAGACUGGGAGCGAGCUGCUGCUGUAGCUCUAUUCAACUUGGACAUUCGAAGAGCAAUACAGAUAUUGAACAAAGGAGCAUCUUCUGGAAAAGGUGAUCUAAACCUCAACGUAGUGGCCAUGGCAUUAUCAGGCUAUACUGAUGAAAAGAACUCCUUGUGGAGGGAAAUGUGCAGCACCCUGAGGUUACAGCUCAACAACCCGUAUCUGUGUGCCAUGUUUGCUUUCCUAACAAGUGAAUCGGGUUCUUUUGAUGGGGUUUUGUAUGAAAGUAAUGUAGCUGUACGAGACAGAGUGGCAUUUGCUUGUAAAUUCCUAACUGAUGCUCAGCUGAAUAGGUUCAUUGACAAACUGACAAAUGAAAUGAAGGAAUCUGGGAACCUUGAAGGAAUUCUUCUGACAGGUCUCACAAAAGAUGGAGUGGAUUUGAUGGAAAGCUAUGUUGAUAGAACAGGAGAUGUUCAAACAGCGAGUUAUUGUAUGCUGCAGGGUUCUCCAUCCGAUGUGCUUAAAGAUGAGAGGGUUCAGUAUUGGAUUGAGAACUACCGGAAUCUGUUGGAUGCAUGGCGGUUUUGGCAUAAGCGAGCAGAAUUUGACAUUCAUCGGAGCAAGCUGGAUCCCAGUUCAAAACCUUUAGCCCAGGUGUUUGUAAGUUGCAAUUUUUGCGGAAAGUCAAUUUCGUACAGCUGCUCGACCAUCCCUCAUCAGGGCCGAGGAUUCAGUCAGUAUGGCGUAAGUGGCUCCCCGACCAAGUCCAAAGUCACAAGUUGUCCUGGUUGCCGCAAGCCCCUUCCUCGCUGUGCACUUUGUCUCAUAAAUAUGGGCACUCCAGUUUCCAGCUGUCCAGGAGGAUCAAAGUCAGAUGAAAAGGUGGAUCUUAGCAAGGACAAGAAAUUGGCCCAGUUCAACAACUGGUUUUCCUGGUGCCACAACUGUAGGCACGGUGGUCAUGCUGGACACAUGCUUAGCUGGUUCAGGGACCAUACUGAAUGCCCGGUUUCUGCCUGUUCCUGCAAAUGUAUGCAGCUGGAUACAACGGGGAAUCUUGUCCCGGCAGAGAUGAUCCAGCCAUGAAACCUUAGAGCUUAAGGCUUUCUCCAAUAGGUUUCCCUCAGAGCCCAAACACAUACCUCUGAACAUGUUACUGUUGACUUGCCUGUAAUAGAAAAAUAAAUCAUCCUAUCACAUCAGCAAUUUGAUGUGUGGUUGAUUUUUAUUCUUCAAAUCUGGCGUGUGGACUUUGUUCAGUGGGUUGUGAAGCAGUUCAUUUCAGAGGCAUUUAUAGGUUUCAUUGAAAUUCAAAGCAGCCUUCAGGAAGACUUUCAGCACUACACUGUCCAGACCUUGAGGCUUCCAUCUGAGAUGAAGUGGCAUCAUUUGCUGUGCUUUGGUAACUCCACGAACCUAUAAAACACUAUUGAAAACUUCUUGGAAAGACAGCCGUGCUGGAUAUACAGAUGUUUCCACCAGCAUUUUUUCUAGCUUAGAUUUUAAAGUUUUCAUGCUCCCAUCUAUAACUUAGCUCACACUGCAUUGCUUUUCUGUGACACUCCCAAGACAAAUCUUUGCAGGAGUUGAGCUGCUUUGGUUUGGAUGAGUAAAUAGUAGUAUCUCAAUGCCAGUGUAACAUGCUUUGCGGGGCAUCCCAAAAUAAUGUAAUUAGUGUUAAAAAGCUUCAGAUUAAUUAAUACCGGACUGUAGCUGUGUAAGUUCAAUGAUGUGAAAGACCUAACCUUUGAAAAAAACGACAAUUUACCUGUAUUCCCGAAACAUACUAUAGUGUGAAUUGCAUACAUCCAAAUUUUGCUUUGGGUCAAGAGGACAUUCAUUUGCAUCAGAAAACCACAAGCAUAUAAUAAUCAAGAACAGCCUGAGGUGUUACAGUUAAAAGUUCACUUACAAAAUGUGGACAACAUAGAAUAUCACCUGCCUAGUUGUGGCAAUGGCUGCUUGUAUCAGAUGUUGAUGAGCAAAUAAAUCUCACCCCUCCAAAAAAACUCCCCAUCAACCUGGUUUAAACCUCUGUCAAAAUAAAAAAAGAGCUUAUCGAUUUGGAUAGUGGAUAAUAUAUAUACUUCCAUAGGGUAAAAUAUAGAAAGGUAACAUUGCCAUGAAAUGAAUACAGAAGAUGGGAACUUUAAGAUUUUGCUCACCUACAACUCGCACUAUCAGUGGCCACGUAUACUGGGGUUGAUAGGAGAGCCAAAGAUUCCUCACACCUACUGUAGUGCAUGUUACAUUUUAGUUUACAUUUUUUCUACUGUUAAUUAGCAACACGGCAAGUAAGUUGCAUUCAAACUUUCACUAGUCAACUAGAAACUUGAACUGCCUUUGUGCACAUUUUCAAUGCAAUGUAAUAAUUGUUUGGCCUACAUUAUAGCUGCCUAAUUGACAAUCUUCUGUUGGCUUGGAUGCAAAGAACCAUGCACAAUAUUCUGUGCAUGCCUCUGGGCUUUCCUGCCUACUUUCUCACUGCAUUAUGAAGGGCAAUGUGGUGCAGUGGGUAGGUCAAAAAUUGGCCACAGAUGCAAGUGCCACUUUGGAUCCAAGCUUCCGUCUUUGUACAAAGAUACGAUGUUAAAAGGGGAGGGGGGAAACAAAUGCUUAAUGGAAGCAGAAAUAUUUAUUUCUAUGUACACCAUUUUUUUAAUUGUUGUAUUGCCUUAGUCAAAGUCUACUUCCUGUCAGAAUUGCAUUUUUACUAUUGAUCAAUAUUUGAGAUGCAUAUCACAAUAUCUAAGUUCCUGUAUUUUUGUAGUUGCUUCAAUACAUUUCCAGAAUAUCUAGAAUUAAUUUUAAGCCAUUAAGAGCAACUUAUAGACUUUAUUUUUGUGCCCUUAUAUUCAAAGUAUUAAAAGAGCUCUGAUAUUAAUAUGGUGUCUCCUUCCCUUCUGUAAAAAAUUAUACUGAGUAUGUAAAUAGGAACUGCUAUUAAUGUGUUACCCAGUUGUCUUAACAGUAUUUUGUAAAAUGAAAGCAGCUGUAUUUGCUGACUUGAGAGGGCACAGUCUUUUGUGUACUUGAAAGUUCUGUAUGAAUAUCUUAACACUCAGUGCUCAAUGAUGCAGGGGCUGUACUGCAUAGAGUAGUUCUGACUUGAAGUCAGUUCUCAGGCAUUUCGGCUUGUGUAUGUAUUUCUGCAGACCGAGGGUUUUUAACCACUUCUGUUAAUACAGUUGCUUCUCCUUUUGACAUUGUAAAAUAAAAGCUUGAUUUAACUUCC